AUGGAUCUUAGACACUACGUCGACCCAGCUAAGGCUCCGUAUUCCGACGAGCGCUUCGAGACGGCGCAAGGAGAUUUCUGCGGGGGAGAUUACAAUGUCACAAUGGAAACGAGCUCGCUUUUGUUUCCGAAGAUGGAUCCAGAUGGGCAAUACGGGAUGGUCGUGUUCGACUCCAUCGACCAAGACGAACUCUAUCCGUACAACUGGGCUGAGCGCGUUCGGAAGGAUGUGUCAGCUACUGCUGUUUUCACAGUCGGCAAAGACGAUAAAGGUGAGCUAGUUGUGACCAUGGGCCGUGCGGCGUUCUUAAAGAUUUACCGACCUCAAUUCUCGCUCUCCGAGGACGUACGGCAAGAACUUGCGACGGGUAUUAUGGCCUGGGGUGAUGUCAUGCUCAAGACCGUGCGUAGUAUUGUGAUUGUGCGAUUCUGCUUUGUGAGACCACCAUGA